CAGGGAGUCACCCAUCACAAAUCCGAAGCGCCAGCAGUGAGAGGACUUUCCCGUGCGAUUGUUGUAUUCCGAUAACUGUAGUAACACCAGCCAGCCACAAUGGCGUUGAAGAUUUCAUUGAAAAUCAACAUUGUGGCUGCAAACAGCACUAAGACCAUGCAAUUUGAUCCAACGGGGCUGGUCUAUGACGUUUGCAGAUGCAUUCGAGAGAAAAAUCCGGAGGCUGCUGCGUUACUAGGGCAACCCAAUGAAUAUGGUCUCUUUCUUUCUGAUGAGGAUCCUAAGAAAGGUGUGUGGUUGGAGGCAGGAAAGACACUGGAACACUAUCUCCUUAGAGCAGGGGAUUUGCUUGAGUAUCGCAAGAAGAUUCGACCACUGAAGGUUAAGAUGCUUGAUGGAUCCAAGAAAACAUUACUGAUCGAUGACAGCAACACAGUCAGUCAAAUGCUGGUCACCAUAUGCACCAGACUCGGUGUGACAAACUAUGAUGAGUAUUCGCUUUGUCGUGACAUCCCAGAUGAUGAGAGGAAAGAUGGAACAAUCAACAGAUCGACUCUCAAGAAGGAAAAGGGAUCAUCGUCGAUACUCCGUGAUGAGAAAAAGAUGGAAACCCUGAAGAGAAAACUCCACACAGAUGAUGAAUUGAACUGGUUGGACCACACAAGAACUCUUCGUGAACAGGGAGUAGAAGAUAUGGAAAUGCUCAUCUUCCGAAGAAAAUACUUUUACUCCGAUCAGAACGUAGACAAGCGUGACCCGGUACAACUCAAUCUGCUCUAUGUUCAGUCUCGAGAUGCUAUCAUUAACGAAACGCAUCUUUGCUCCUAUGAGAAAGCUCUGCAGCUUGCUGGUACUCAGAUGCAGAUUCACUAUGGAGAUCAUGAUCCUGCAAGACACAAGAUUGGCUUCUUAGACCUGAAAGACUUCUUGCCAAAGGAAUACGUCAAAACAAAAGGUGGCGAAAGGAGAAUCCUAGGUGAGCAUUCUAAAUUGAUUGGUGUGAGUGAGCUGGACUCAAGGGUACGCUACACACAGCUCUGCCGAUCUCUUAAGACCUAUGGAAUCACCUUCUUCCUAGUCAAGGAAAAGAUGAAAGGGAAGAAUAAGUUGGUUCCUCGACUGAUGGGUGUGACGAAGGAGAGUGUACUUCGUGUUGAUGAGAAGACUAAGGAAAUUAUCAAGUCUUGGUUGUUAACAACUGUUCGACGCUGGGCAGCAUCUCCAAACAGUUUCACCCUUGACUUUGGUGACUAUGCUGAAUCUUAUUACUCAGUACAAACCAAGGAAGGUGAAGCUAUUGGUGCACUGAUCGCUGGAUACAUUGACAUCAUCCUCAAAAAGCAAAAAGGUAAAGAUCGCAUUGGUCUAGAUGGAGAGGAAGAAUCCACACUUCUUGAAGACAGUGUCUCACCAGCUAAAGCUACAUUCAUGCAACAUCAAUCUAAUAAGGUUGGACAUGCAUCAGAAGGAUCUGUGGCUUUACCUGCUGUGAUGAGAGCCGGUGGAUCAGCUGGAACGUAUACAACAGGUGAGAUGCAGCCCUCUCAGCAUGCAGUGACUAAAGGACAGGCGAAUAUGGCUCACACAGCACCUAUGCCCAAUCAAGCUCGUCGACCAGGAAUGACUACAGCCCAGCAGGCACUGCAAGGUAACAUAGAGAGAGGAUUUACCGCUGUUGAUGCUGCUAACAAUGAUCUGAUGACACAAGCUGAGCUUCCUCCACUAGGAACUGACCCUGCAUCCAAACAAUGGCGUCAGAACACCAUCGAUGUGAAUAAGCAAAACAUCCAAUCGCAGUUAAGCGCAAUGUCUGCUGCCACCGCUGGUAUCAUCAGUCAGACAUCAGGAGAUCCGUCUGAUACGGACUACACUGCUGUGGGUUCACACGUCACUACCAUCUCAUCCAAUCUGACUGAAUUAACUAAAGGAGUCAAGAUGUUAUCAGCUCUUCUUGGUGAGGAAGGAGAUGGUAAUAGCAUCUUAGAUGCAGCACGAGGUCUGAUGGGAGCAUUCUCUGAUCUCCUUAAGUGUGCCCAGCCAGAAAGCCAAGAGCCUCGUCAGAAUCUCCUAGGUGCAGCCAACAGGGUUGGUGAAGCUCAGAAGGCACUGCUUUUGUGUAUGGGAUCAACAGGUGACAUGGACCCUAAGUUCCAGGAUCUGUUGCUUGGAUUGGCUAAGGCUGUGGCUAAUGCUACGGCUACCUUGGUCCUGAAAGCCAAGAAUGUUGCUAGUACCACUGAGGAUCAAGGCUUACAGAAUAAGGUUAUUGGCUCAGCUACACAGUGUGCCCUCAAUACCUCCGAGCUUGUGGCUUGUACUAAGGUCGUAGCUCCUACUAUCAGCAGUCCAGCUUGCCAAGAGCAGCUUGUUGAAGCAGCUAAACUUGUCGCUAAGUCAGUGGAGGCUGUGGUAGAUUCAUCAAAGGAUGCAACUGAAGAUGAGAACCUCCUACGUGAUCUUGGAGGUGCAGCGACUGCCGUUACUAAAGCCUUGAAUGAUCUCCUGCAGCAUGUGAAGCAGGGUACUGCAGCAAGUGGUAGACCUACCACCCUGUAUGAUGACGCAUGUGAUAAGAUCAUGACUGCUACUGAGAAGCUGUUUAGUAGUGUGGGUAACGCUGCCGAAAUGGUCAAACAGGCCAAGAUACUGGCCACGGCCACGUCUAAGCUUGUCGAUGCCAUCAAAGGUGACGCUGAUGCAGUGACUGAGAGCGAUGCCCAGAAACGCUUAAUCAACGCCGCUAAGCAGCUAGUUGACGCUACCGGCAAGAUGGUAGAAGCAGCUAAGGCUUGUGCUAGCAGUCCUCACGAUGAGACUCAACAGCAAAGGUUGAAGCAAGCUGCUGAAGAUCUACGAACGGCUACCAAUGCUGCUGCUAAUAAUGCUCUGAAGAAGAAGAUCCUACAACGACUUGAGGCUGCUGCUAAGCAAGCUGCAGCAACAUCAACUCAGACCAUCGCUGCCGCUCAAGGAGCUAAAGACUCUACUAAGAACCCUAGCACCCAGCAGCACAUGAUUGAUGAAUGCAAGAAUGUAGCUGAGCAUAUUCCUAAGCUGAUCAGAGGUAUUCGUGAUUGUAUGCAGCAACCUGAUAACCUCAGUGCACAGUUAGCUCUCAUCAAUUCCAGCCAACACUUCAUCCAGCCGGGUACUGAACUGAUUUCAGCUUCUAGAGCCGCUAUACCAACAGUGGAAGACAAAUCUGCAGCUCUACAACUUGCUAAUUGCACUAAGAAUAUGGCUGGUGCAUUGACUGACCUCAGAUCGGCUGCUAAUAAGGCCCAAGAAGCUUGUGGUGCUCAUGAGAUCGAUAAUGCCUUGGAUAUUAUAAAAUCACUUGAAGAUCAACUUGAGGAGAUUCGGAGGACUGCUGAUGCUGAAAAGCUACUGCCUCUACCUGGAGAAACGCCUGAUUCCUGCGCCACUCAGCUUGGCUCUACAUCUAAGAACGUUGGUGCCUCCAUGGCCCAACUCCUUACAGCAGCAGCUCAGGCUAAUGAGACGUACACUGGGAUGGCUGCUAGAGAUACGGCCAACUCACUGACGAGUCUAACUGGAGCUGUUAGAGGUGUAGCUGCUACAACUAAUGAGAAGCCAGCUCGAGAUGCCAUGAUUGACCGAGCCAAGGACGUCUUGGAUAAAUCAGCAAAUCUUCUAGAGGAGGCCAGGAAAGCCUUAGCAGAUCCCAACAAUCCUGACAAUCAACAACGAUUGGCACAGGUUGCCAAGGCAGUAUCCCAUGCUUUGAACAGUUGCGUGAGUUGUCUACCAGGCCAACGUGAUGUGGACAAAGCAAUCAAGUCAGUAGUUGAAGCUAGUAAGGGUCUGAUGUCAGGAAAGCUCCUGGAGGUGUUUGAGACCUUUUCUUACACCUCAGAGUUCAUCAGUGAAGCCAUUGUGGUGUCACAGGACCAGGAAGUUGCCCUCCAGUCUCGUCUUCCUGUUGGAGAUGCAAGGAACUACCAGGAUCAUCAGAAUUCCUUGAACAAGGCAGCCCAAGGAUUGAACGUCGCUGCUAGUGAGUUAGUCACAGCUUCUCGUGGUACACCUCAAGAGCUUGCUGGGGCAGCGAAUACAUUCAGUCAUGACUUCAAUGACUUGAUGCAGUCUGGGAUGGGAAUGGCUGGAGCAGCACCGAGCAAGGAGGCGCAGUCCGAGAUGGUUGGAAGUCUUAAGACCAUCUCAGUCACUUCCAGUAAGCUUCUUCUAGUCGUCAAGGCAAUGUCAGCUGAUCCUAACGCCCCUAAUGCUAAGAAUCUCCUUGCUGCCGCAGCCAGAGGUGUGACAGAGAGCAUUAAUAACCUGAUAGACACCUUCAUGCAGGCAGCACCAGGGCAGAAGGAAUGUGAUAACGCCCUCCGUAACAUCCAGACCAUGAAGAAUAUCUUGGACAAUAUCAAUGAGCCCAUUAAUGACUGGACUUACUUUGACUGUCUGCAAGGUGUCAUGGAGAAAUCUAAGGAUCUUGGGGAGAGCAUGGGUGGGAUUACCCAGAAUGCUAAGAACGGUCAGCUGGAGGAGUUUGGUAAGAGCGUUGAGGCAGCAGGAGCAGCCGUUUGUGGUCUGACGGAAGCAGCUGCACAGUCUGCCUACCUGGUAGGUAUCGCUGAUCCAUCCAGCGUAGCCGGACGUCCAGGCCUCGUUGACCAGUCUCAGUUUGCCCGAGCCCAUCAGGCGAUCCAAGCAGCCUGUAAUAGCCUUCUUAAUCCAGAGAGUAGUCAGCAACAGACCAUGGGAGUGUUGAUGUCAUCAUUUUCAGCGGUCAUUCCGCUGAUCAGCACACUCAUCCCCCAAACCUCACUCCAUUCGUCCGCCCGUUUAUCACCCCGUAUGUCUGAUCAUCUGAUCAAUUUGCUGGUUUUGGCCGCAGCUACUGAGGUAGCCAAACACACCUCAGCUCUAUGCAAUAUCUGCCGUGUAGCGUCGUCUAAGACUAGUAACCCUGUGGCCAAGAAACACUUUGUGCAAUCUGCCAAAGAUGUUGCCAACAGUACUGCAAAUCUCGUCAAGAGUAUUAAGGCGCUCGAUGGUAACUUCAGUGAUGAGAAUAGACAGAAGUGUGCCGCCAGCACCAAGCCACUCCUUGAGGCUGUAGAGAAUCUGGUUUCCUUUGCCUCUUCACCAGAGUUUUCCAGCGUCCCAGCUAAGAUUACACCUCAGGCUCGCCAGGCUAUGGAACCCAUUAUCUCGGCAGGUAAAAUGAUGAUCACCAGCUCAUGUGCUCUAAUCCAGACCGCUAAACCAUUAGCUCUGAAUCCUAAAGAUCCACCAACAUGGCAACAACUUGCAAACCACUCCAAGGAUGUAUCGGACUCUAUCAAGAAACUUGUGUCUUCCAUCAGGGACCAUGCUCCUGGUCAGUUGGAAUGUGACAAUGCCAUCCAACAAGUCAACCAGUCCAUGCGUGACUUAGACCAAGCCUCAUUGGCUGCUAUGAGCCAGAGUCUUCCACCACAUGAGGGCACCACACUCAAGAGCUUUACUGAGGAGAUGGCAAACAGUGCCACAGAACUCAAGUAUCAGAUUGAAGAAGUAGCCACCGCAUCAAAAGGACAGGCUGAGAAACUGGGACAUGCUGUGUCUUCCAUGGCCAACUAUUUUGAACCAUUGACAAGGAGUGCCAUUGGAGCUGCUUCUAAGACGGUCAACUCUCAAAGACAGAUGGGUGUCCUAGACCUGACCAAAACGGUGGCAGAGUCGGGAUUGCAGCUCUUGUAUGCUGCCAAAGAAGGAGGCGGAAACCCCAAGGCUAUACAUACUCAUUCAGCCAUUGAUGAAGCAGCCCAAGGUAUGAAAGAAGCUGUCGAUGAUCUGAACACAAUGCUAGAGGAAGCAGCUAGUGAGUUUGGUAUCGUUUCUGGAAUGGUAGAUACUAUCUCCAAAGCUAUUAUUAAGACGGAUGACUCAAUGCCAGAGAAUGAAGCUGGGGAGUUUGUGGACUACCAGACGGACAUGGUCAAAUCCUGCCGUGCCAUCAUCAAGACAUCACAUGAUAUGGUCACCAAAGCCAACAGUAACGUCGGUGAGCUCGGUACCCUUGCCAACAACCUCUCUCAUGAGUACACCAAGUUGGCUGAAGAUGCAAGAGGUGCAAUGGCAUCAACCAACCCGGAGGUAGGUCCGCGGAUUGAGGUUGCCCAGAGGAUCAAGUCAGCUGUUGACAAUCUUGGCAAUGCUAGCAUAGAGUUGGUUAAGAACGCUGGAACUGUUCAGUGUAACCCGACAGAUAACAUGGCCAAGAAGGACCUGGUCGAUAACGCACGUAACGUCGUUGAAAAGUGUAACUUUGUGAUGGCAGCCCUACAAGCUGGUUCUAGUGGUACCCAGGCAUGCAUCAAUGCAGCUAGUACAGUCUCUGGUAUCAUUGGUGACCUUGAUACUACUAUUAUGUUUGCAUCAGCUGGUACCCUCAGUGCAGAUACUACCGAUGGUGGAUCAUUUGCUGAUCACAGGGAGAGCAUCUUAAAGACGGCCAAGGCUCUUGUUGAAGAUACUAAGACUCUAGUCACAGGAGCAGCAUCCACACAGGAGCAGCUUGCUAAUGCUGCACAGUCUGCUGUUGGUACCAUUACUAGGCUGGCUGAUGUGGUUAAAUUAGGAGCUGCCACACUGGGUGGGGAUGACCCUGACGGACAGGUUCUGUUGAUCAACGCAGUGAAGGAUGUUGCCUCUGCACUCGGCGAUCUCAUCUCGGCAACAAAGAUGGCUUCCGGUAAAGGGGUCAACGACCCUUCAGUUGGAAACCUUAAGAGUUCAGCCAAGGUCAUGGUAACUAACGUGACAUCACUUUUAAAGACGGUGAAGACGGUAGAGGAUGAAGCACUACGAGGCACCAGGGCCUUGGAGGCUACUAUUGACGCAAUCACACAAGAAGCCAAGAUUCUUGACAAUCCCUCACUCGGCGACCGUCGAGCAACACCAGAGCAGCUCAUCCGUAGUACAAAGGCUGUUACCUUGGCAACUGCUAAGGCGGUUGGGGCUGGCAACUCAGGAAAGCAGGAUGACGUUACGGCUGCGGCUAACUUGGCCAGACAGGCUUUGUUUGCUAUGAUCGACUGUUGCCGGGGAGCUGCAAGUGCGGCAGAAUCUGCGGAACUGAGAGACAGAACUCUGAACUCUGGAAAGCAGUGUGCUGACUCCUACAGAUCCAUGUUGGAACAAGUCCAUGUUAACAUCCAACGUCCGACAGUGGAAGGCAAGCAGCGAUUGGGUCAACACUCCAAGAGAGUCGCUCAGACCGUUGGAGAACUCGUUCAAGCAGCUGAAGCCUUAAAAGGAAGUGAUUGGGUGGAUCCUGAAGAUCCCAAUGUGAUUGCAGAGAAUGAGCUGUUGAGCGCUGCCAAUGCCAUUGAAGCUGCUGCUAAGAAGUUGGCUCAACUUCAACCUAGAGGCAGAGCAAGGCAAGCAGAUGAAAGUCUUAACUUUGAGGAGCAGAUCUUAGAAGCAGCUAAGGCUAUCGCUAAUGCCACCAGUGCCCUCGUCAAGGCUGCCUCGGCUGCUCAGAGGGAGUUGGUUGAUCAAGGAAUGGUUGUAGCCAAUCCGGCUCCAUACAGCGAAGACGGCCAAUGGUCUAUGGGCCUCAUCUCAGCUGCUCGUAAGGUAGCAGCGGCGACGCAGGGUCUGUGUGAGGCAGCCAAUGCAGUCGUCCAAGGACACGCUUCUCAAGAGAGAUUGAUUUCUUCUGCUAAGCAAGUUGCAAGCUCUACAGCUCAGUUAUUGGUAGCCUGUAAAGUGAAGGCUAGUAUAUUCAGUGAGCCAAUGAGAAGGCUACAGGCUGCUGGUAAUGCCGUCAAGCGUGCAUCAGACAGCUUGGUGGCAGCAGCCCAGUCAGCAGCAGACAAGGAAGAAGAAGCUACCGGCGUCGACCUCAGUCACAAGAUGGUUGGAAACAUCGCCAUCGAGAUUGAAGCACAAGCAGCCAUCUUGAAGAAGGAGAAAGAACUUGAAGAUGCUCGCAAGAAAUUGGAACGAAUCCGACAAGCUAAAUAUGCAAACAGGCCCCCUGAGGACUCUGACUAAAUUCAUCUCGGUUUGGGGGAAGAAGGUUUUAAUAGCUACCCUCAGAAUCAUUCAAACGCUUCACGCUAACAUUUCUCUUGCUUACCACUAAAGGCAAUAGGCAGAAUUCUUGGGGUUUUCUUUUCUCACUGAGAAGAGUAAUCAUAAAGAUCUACUUGUAUUUAAUGAUAUUAUUGUGAAACUGAAUCUCUUACAACUGUUUUCUUACAACUCAAACUUGUUCACAUCAUACGUUAAUCUUAAUCACUGCACCCACUAAGCCAGAGGAUGUAAAGGUGGGUGUGGCCAGCCAAUCAAAAGAUGCAGAUAUGAUCACGCUUUCCAUUGCAGUUUGUGUUUUAUUUAUGCAAAGCUCAGCUAAAUCUUUUAACAACUCGAGAAUGGAACCUCUCUUGGAUUGCGUCAAGUUUCUUCUAAGAGGUUUAUAUCACGUCCACUUUCUCAGCUGUUGACUGUCUCAAUUGUUUCUAAGGAUGCAUCUUCUAACUUUUUCUGUGGUGCUAUAUAUUUAUGGUCAAUGGUCAAAGAACUUGAUGCCAACAUGUAAAUAGAUAAAGCAUUUCUUUGUGUGUUUUAACUAAUCAUCGAGUUGAGUUUACUCAGAUACGUAGUUAUGUAUAUACAGUUUAAACAUAGAGUAUUUUUGUUGGUGAAAACAUAUUUUAUUCAUAGAUGCUGGUUUGAAUCCGAUAUUUUUGUUGUUAUCCGACUGUAGAGUAUUUGCAAGAUUUUUUCUCAAGAAAGUGUGGGUUUAUAGAUGACUAGGCAAUGUUUCUUUCAUUAAAAUCGUUGUACAGAAAAACAAGAAGUGAAUCAAUUGAAAUGAUUGGCCUAUAGGAUUCCCUCUUCCAAUGGCUGCAGUAUUACCUUGUUAUCCCGAUGAAAUAUAGUCAACUCUCGUUAUAAAGAGCAGGUUGUAAAGAGGUUCUGCUUAUAGAGAACAUUCUUAAGUCCAGAAUCUCAUUUCUACUUUGUGUUUCGAUGUUUUGCUGACUUCUUAUAACAACGUUCUUGUUUAUAAAAGAGCUAAUUUAGAGUUGACUGUACUUUAUUUACACCUUGACUUGUUUCUUUGAAUCUCUUCGAAAGAGAUUAUCCUCUUUUCUCCUUUUCAAAGAACAAAAUAAUUUAAAACUAUGAUGAGUGGAAAUGAUUGGUGACAGCUAAUCAAUAUGAAGUGACAAAAUCAUUUUUUGUAAAGGAUUCAGAGUAUUUUGAAAUGACAAAAAAGCAGAAAGGAAAGGAAAAAAGUGCGAGAAGGUAGGGAAAUGAGCUAGAAGUAUAAGACAUCUGUGGUUACCAAUCCUUAAAAUCAGAAGAUUUCUUGUUUAGGAGGGGAGUGUUAUGGUGAUUCAAAUAUUAAAUGGGUAAUGGUAAUUGCACAUGCAACUUUGUGAUAACAAGAAGAGGACUGGCAACUGUCGGGUUUUUUCUACGACACAAAAAGAAAAGCAUAUAAAGACAAGGAAAUCAUCUGAUUAUUUAAAAAGUUGCUCGCCUGCACGGCGCAUCUUAAGUUGCGUUUUUUUUCUUGCUACGUUGUUUGCAUUACAUUUUUCUUAGUCUGGUUCCAAAAAGGCAUAAUGACAAUCGUAGUGUAGUUGGCUACCACAUCAGUGGUGCCAGUUUUAUUAUAAAUAGAUUUUUUUCAAGUUGACUUUCUCGGUUCAUAUUCAUGUAGCUAUCAUGCUUUAGUAAAUAUAUGCAUUAUUUUCAAUAAGCCACUACCCUAUAGGGAGUUGUGGAUAAGUCUACCAUUGACAAUUUAAAAAUAUUUUAAUCUGAUGAUUUUUAUUUAAAAAAGAGAACAAUAAGCUUCCAAAUGAUGAGGAUCUUCCUCUAGCUUUUGCAGCGACGUUGCUAUUUAAUCACUAAAAACAUUAAAAGUUAUAUUUUUUCUAUAAGUGUAACCAAAAAAAUUAAGAAAUAAUUAAAAAAUCAUUUUCUAAAAAUUUGGAAUAUGCUGGUUAAAAGCUCACAGCUCAUUUUUUAAGUCGGUGUAGAUUUGAGUGCCUCUUUUUCUGAACAAAACAAAAACUACCGCAAUUGCUCUUCAUCGCACUUUCAGGAAGUUUUAUAUUCUCUGCCUACGAUAAAAUUUGCAGCACAAUGAAAUUGUAAAUGAAUUUUUAAUUAAUUGUUAGUCUAACGCACUAAUUAAUUAUCACCAGUUUGAAGGUAAAAAACAAGUUUAUAACCGUAUAUUUGCAUAAGCAGUAACUGUAAAUCAAAUCAAAAUGUCUGGUCAUCCCUUGUAAAUGAACCUGUAUUUUGUUAUUCCAACUUAAAGUAUUUAUACAGCAUAGAUAAAAACCUCAUAUAUUUGGUUGUUUUUUUGCCGAGUUAACUUUUAUUGUAAAUAUACUGCAUGGAUGAAUGAGGUCAUUGCUGUUAUUAACCAUUUGAUAGUUACAGAUAACAUUACAGCAGUGCUUGUGAUUGAAAGGUCAGAGGUUAAGAUCUGAUAAUUUGCUACCAGAGAAGAGUUUCAUCAGACAAGCUUUCCUCUUAUAA